AUGUCUUGGGACAUCCUGUUGCUUAUCCUAGACAAUGGUCGCCGAGUGCAGUGGGACUUGGAGCAUGAAGGGUUCACAUUCGACUCGGAGAAUGAUAUCGGGCCUGCUGAUUAUGAAGACAUUUUGUGUCAUCUUCCCAUUGACUCCAAUGACAGCGCGAUGAGAGACCACGUUAAAAUAUUUGUCGCUAUCUCCGUCAGGUGGCUUCGGAGCUCUUCGCUUUCUGAGAUGUCAGCUGCCAAGGUCACCGCCGUACUCCAGAGGAUGAUUAGCGCAGCCAAUUUCAUCUCAGCACAUGACCGACGGCGCGCCCACUGGUCCUACCGCGGAGAAUACGACGGCAGUUGGAUAGAAGCAGUGGAAAAUCAAGUUAAAGAUCCAUCCCCUUACGACAAUCUUUUUCUACAACUUCUCCACGCAUUUGAAAGGUCCUACCGCAGACAUGUUCUCACAGGUCGUGACCGCUCGAUCAGGCGACAUCUGCAUAUAGCACAUUGCAAUUUACAUGCACGAGCAGACUGCAAGAUCGCAGGGUGCUCAUGGAGACAACAUUCCUGUGGAGGUGACGAAGACAAUUUCUUCCUCGGCUGUCCUUUGCUGGACAAACAAGCGGAUACCCCCGGCGAACCCAGCUCCGGUGGCCACUCAGUUCCCGAGACAUUUGCUACAACCGACGUCCUCGUCACCGACAUACCUCCUGCGUCGCCAUCUGACUUCGACCGUCAUCCCACUCCGCCAGAAGAUGCACACCAGUCCGCCGAGCUGUCCGUGUCAGCUGAUUCAAUAACCCGAACGGACGAUGGUACGCAAGAAGACCCAUCUGAACGGAACAAGCCGGCCUCUAUCGCUGGUCAUCCCCUUCAUCCCAGCAUUUUGCAGGCAUCUUCGUUGUCGUCUGCAGCAGCAGGACUCUCGGUGGGGGAGUAUGAGAGGGCGGCUUCUGGCAGGAGCAGCGCCGGCUUGCGCGCAUAUGAUGAACACGGCGUAUCCGAAGAAAAUGUGGCAGAUCAAGCUGCCUCGAGCCCCGCCCACGUCCCCGGAUUCCAUCCAUAUGUCGUAACUCCUUCCAACGUUACAUUGGAAUCAACACCAUCCGCGAAGGCCCAACCCGGAGUGUCUGGCCUCAAGCCGGACGCGAAGCCCGUGGCGCAUCGGGAGCCACCUGACAGCGAUAUUGGCGCGAAGCGUACCUCUCGUUCCGAAGCUCAAGUCGAGGCGGAGGACCACGCGCCUCAGAGUCUGGCUGUGGCGAUUCCGUCUUUUGCAGAGGAAGCGGCUGGUGGACGAAGUUCGGAGAGUUAUCUGCCGGAGACUACAGGGGAGACCGACGAUAAUAGCGGAGCAGUAAAGGACAGAGGAAAGGGCCCGAGCCUAGACGAGCCAGCCGCGCAUGAGCUCGUCAACAGCGACUCACCGAAUCCUGCCGGGAUGCGUCCGUCACAGAGCUCGUCAUCUUCCUCGCGUCGUGACGAUUCACUCGAUCCAACCGGCCUAUUGCGUCAGGAUAGCGCUGGAACUAACGCAAGCGCAGCCAGAAAUAGCGACGGGAUGCUAGAGGUCUUGCAGAACUCACCUUCUGAUGACCUCGCCAUCGCUCGCAACGGCCGUUCCGACGAAGACCGAGUCGCAGAACUUCGGCGACUGAACAGUCCUGUCCUCUCGGGAGCUGCAGUGUUGUUCCGCGAUGACAGUGGAGUCGACGGUCAGGCAGUAGAGGAAUUCGAGUUGGCCUUACAGCAGGGAGCGACGAGCGAGGACACUGGAGAUCAAGGCGGGGUCGAGGUUUGAACGAGUCAAUGAUUUAUAUAUGUAUGUGCGUAUACCGGAACAUGUGGUAGCUAGUUACUUGACUUGCAUUUAUCGCUGAGGUUCAAAUCGCUCCAAGUCGCGUAUGGGCUGAUGUACAGGAUGCCAAAAGACGCAUGCAUGGUGCUAGGUAUGUUGUCGGAGAAGGGCUCGUCGGGAGUCGCCUUGAGCUUUUUCACGUCGACCGUUAUGUCGCCAGUGCCCCGUAUGACGAGCAGCGGCACGUCGCGCAUGCGCCCGAGGAAGUGCGCCAUGUCUCGCUCGUGCGUCUGCGCCUCGUACAUGACACGCGUUGGGGGCAGCGCGAACAUGACCUCGCCUAGUCACUGUAUGCACUGCUCGUACAUCAUGGCCUCGCGUGGGUGCGCGAAGCAGCCGUCCAGGAACUCGACUGUCGCGGGCGAGAUAGCUGUUGCGUCGGGGUCGAACAGUGGGGGAAGUGUAGCCUGGAGCCGGGUGGAUAUGAUCAUGCUGUGGAUGGAGCGCGUCGGGACAGGGCCGUCGUUGUGGAUCGCGUCACGGAUGUAUGAAGGUGGCAAAUGUUUCAGAACGUUGAGGACGACUAUGGUCUCAGAGGGCUCAGCUGUCUUGCACGCCGGGGAAGAGAAGUGUUACGCACCGCCGAGGCCUCUUGCCAAGCGCCAUCGGCCGCACCACUCCAAAUGCUUCGCGUACCCUGGGCGUGGAUCUACGCGCCAUCUGCGGAAACGAUCUGCUUGUUGAUGGGGCUCAUAGCGGGAGAUAAUACAGAGUAGAAUGGCGCGUUUAUACGUUGCAGCUCGCGGUCAAAGCCGCGUCGCAGGCGUCCUUCAUGGCCUCCUGAGGCCUGAGGGUCCAUCGACGGCGCCCUCC